AUGCAAACAAGGAUAAAACAUGACAACGAAAUAACGACCGUGACUAAUGGCAGUAAGGAAAAAGAAAAGUGGUUCGAAUGUGAGGUAUGCGAUAAGCAAUUCGGACGUGUAAGCAUUCUGGAACGCCACAUGGCGAUACAUACUCGUACAAAAAACUGCAGAUGCAAGGUAUGUGAUAAGCAAUUCGGACAGGCAUGCCAUCUUGAAUGCCAUAUGAGGAUACAUACCGGUGAAAAAAACUAUGUAUGUAAGGUAUGCAACAAAACAUUCAAUCAGCAUUCAAAUAUGAAGACACACGAACUGACGCACAAUAACGCACGACCAUUCAAAUGUGAACAGUGUGGCAGGAAUUUUACUCAUAAAUAUUAUUUGAAAAAACACGUGAAUAUACACAAAAAUUCGAGCGAAAGGCUGUGUUCUACAUCGGACAAUCUGAAUCGAAAUAAAUCGACGCACGAGGAAGUACGACCAUUCAAAUGUGAAAGGUGCGAUAAAGCAUUUAAAAAGCGUUACCAUCUGUUACAACAUAUGAAGACACAUACGGACGAAAGGACACUGAAAUGCAAUGGAUGCGAUGAAGUAUUCAAAUACCCUUCAAAUCUGCUGCGACACAAAUUGAAGCACGAAGACGUGCGAUUCAAAUGUAAACAGUGUGAUAAGAAUUUCAUUCGAAAGGAUUGUUUGAAAGAGCACAUGAAAAUACAUAAAAGUUCGAGUGAAAAGCUGUAUUCGACAGUAAGCUCCUUAAUAAAUUCGAUAGCAGAAGAUAUCAUCGACACAGAAAUGUUAAUAAGAGAAAUUGUUGCAUUCAUGGGUACAUAA